AUGGCGCUGGCUCAGCGCGGGCCAGGAGGCGGAGGCCCCGGCGGUGGCGGGCCGGGAGGCGGUGGGCAUAACAACCCGUCCGAGAUAGGCGGCGCGGUUUCCAACCUUGCGGUGGAUGGCAGUUCCUUCACGCUCACAGGGCCACGCGGCGAAACGGUCACAGUAGACGUUACCAGCGCGACCACAAUCAAAAACGCCAGCGACGGCAGCACUGCUACGCUCGCCAAUGGCGAAGACGUUUUUAUCGCGGGAAAAUUCGACAAGACAGACAAAGUUUUGACCGCGACCGCGAUUGUCGUAGAUGAUCAUAAGCCGCAGCCACAUGGCUACUUUGGCUCCGUAACCAGCCUUGCAGCGGACGGCAGUUCCUUCACGCUUACAGGACCGCGCAAGGAAACGUUGGCCGUUACGGUGAGCAGCGCCACGCCCAUUACCAAUUACAGCGAUGGCAGCGUCGCAAUUCUGGCCGAUGGCGAAAACGUUCUCGUGACCGGCACAUUGGAUACGACCGGCAAAACGCUGGCGGCAGCCUCCAUUGUGGUGGACGACCGCAAGCCGCCCACGCAGUUGCAACUGGCGGCGGGAACCAUCCUCAGCCUCGAAGCGAAGAAUGAAACCUUCCUCUUGACCGUUGCGAAGGCCAACUUCAAGCCAACCGGAAUCACGAUCAACGUUGUCACCACAGCAACGACAGCCUAUGGCGGCCCAAAAGGGAAGCUCAUGUUCGCCGACCUGAAAGCGGGCGCAAAAGUGCAAAUCGCCGGUACAUUCGACGCGGCCUCGCAAACUUUGACCGCCACGCGAAUCGAAAUCGUAAAGUAG